CCCGGCAGGGCAUCUACGUACAAACUCUGCCGCUGAGGUCGAGCACGAAAGGUGACGUGCGUCAUGGAGCCGCGGCGCUCUGUGAGUCUGUGCGAUCGCGGCCUCGAAUUAUAUAUUAUAUUCUCUACACAGAAAUCAUGAUCGGGCCGAAAGGGAGAGUGGGCAUCAGAGAAGUGGUUAGCAGAUGACACGGCUUCGGAAGUUGAUUCGAUGCCAACACUCAUGACGAUCCCGUUUUAGACACGUCGUUUCUGAUUACUCCAUGCUCCUCGCUUUUCGACUCUCGACAGACGCAAGACGCAGAUCGUUCUGCACCCUCUGCAUCGGUGUCAUAAACCUUAUCGCGAGAUUCACGGUGCGGGCAACCCACUGCAGCUCAGAUGAUGCGAAGGAAUGUGCACUGCAGUAGAGUGCAGUGCAGGCUGUUGAUGAUUUUAGAUGAGGAGAAUCGGGUUGGUUACCUUUGCUCCAUGAAACCCAGAUGCACCAGCGCCUCAGCGUCCCAGGGUACCAGCCAGGGUCAGUGCAUCGAGCUCUUGUGCAAGACGAGCCUAAUGUGUUGGAGAUGCAGGGGCCCCUAGGACUAGAGACAUACGGAUCGCAUAUGUGCUUUGAAGGCUUGCCAUCCGUCAUGACGUACAGGCCCUGACAGCCACAAUUUUGCGCUCCAAACUCGCAACAUCAGUGAAGUACCUUCUGCUAUAUGUUUCUACAAUGAUAGGUAGAAGAUUGAAUCAUAUGAAUGAGUUGUCCCAAGUUCAAAAAUAUUGGGGCUGGUUCAAAGUGGGGAAGAGGAUGUGAGGCUGAUCAAACAUCGAGAGUCUCAGUGGAGGGUGCACUAGCUAGUAGGUUAGGGUAAAGUAGAUUGGGUAGGAAUCCUCGAUCCUAAAGGGUGUUGUAGUAAUGAAUGCAGACAUGUAUGUUUGGUUUAAGAGCUCAAUCCUGCUACUCUACAUCUCCAAGCUCUGAGAUAACUACUUUCCACCAACGACGAGUUUGUUUCUAUCUGCAAAAACUAGUAUACUUGCAGACUGACUACCUAAAAUUGCUUCCUGUUUGAAUGAUCGACGCUUGAAUCCAACGCUAAGAUGCAUGCAUCUCUGUCACCUCACCAAACCUCCGACUCUUUCAAAACGCGGAAGGAUACGGUAAUGAAUUCGAACAAAGGACGUAGGCCCUUUUCUGGAAUGCGUUAGCGGCAUGGCCUCCUAGGUUGUGGUGACAAACGCCGAUCCAAGUCCCAUCAUUGCAGAUAUGCAUGCAUUACAUAUCGGUGAUUCAAACUGCAACCCAAAUGAGAGGUUCAAAUGAAAAUAAUUGAAAGGAUGGGAAUACCCGGAUGCAAUCUACAUCUGCUUUAGGGUUCGAGGAGCGAUGAGCAUAUUGACGUAUGCCCAUCACCAUCAUCACAACGGAUUGUUUCUUACCUGCUGCACCCAUGAAAGUGUGCAGUAUCAUAUCGUGGAAAGAUGGCUCAUUAGUGAGGAAACAAUGCAACUUUCGUACCCGUUAGAGGGUAUGGGUUAUGAUGUUGUACCUGCACGAAGAUAAAUAGCAUUUUUCACAGGUUUUGG